AUGGUUACAUUUGAUACGAACGCUAAAUACACAACGUCUAAUUCGAAGAAUAACCGUAGAAAUUUGGAGGCAGGGUUUGAGCAGCCCUGUUCCUCCCGGCGACAGCAGUACCAUCGCCGUCAGGCGUCCAGUCGCUCUCAUCUGUCGUAUCGCCACUACCAACCCCACUUCAAUCAGCAUCGCAACACGCCACCUUCUGUCGCGGCCUCCUCUCAUUUUAUGAACGACUAUAUCGUUCACGGCUCACCAGGUUCACACCAUAGUUGUCCAUUCAAGCAUCGACGAGGAGGCGGAAGCUGUAGUAGUAACAGUUCCAACUAUCUACCAAUUCACCAACCCGCUACGGCGUCCGUGAUACCGAUCUGUCAUCACCCUCUUGCGUCUAGAGUGAUACCAACGUCGUCGAGGCCUUUCAGCAUAUGUAACUUCAAUUGUUCCGUUCCUAUGGUGUCCGUAGCAUCUUCUAUCCCCACUCAACAGCACCAGCAGCAGGCAAAAUCUAGACAGGAUGAAGAUGCUGUGGAUCUCAGUAGCACGCCCCGAACACCACCUAAUACCUCCUCGAUUUCAACGCAAACCCCUGCCUUCAUUCCAACAAUGUCUGUGGUGGCGACCACAAUGUCUGCGAAAAUUAUGACCGGACGAAACUAUCCUGCACUUAACUACCUCGAUUCUCUUUCAUUUCAAAUAUGGCAAUUUUUCCUGGAAAAUCGACAAUCUCCUGGAACUUAUGGAAAGAAAGUUCAUUUUAGAAAUGCCCUCCACUUAAUCAUUUCGUCGGUCUUCCAAAACUCGAAACUCUUCAUUGUGGGCUCUUCAAUCAACGGCUUUGGGUCGGAUCAAAGCGACACCGAUUUGUGCCUUGUAGUUACAUCACAGGAGUUGCAAGGCAAACGAGAUGCCUCCGCGGUGCUGCACCAACUUAUGACACCUUUGCGCAAAUGUAGUUUUAUCAGGAGCUGUAAUCUGAUUCGCGCCAAAGUGCCGAUCCUUAAGUUCCGUGACCAACUGUCGGGUAUUGAGUGCGAUUUGAAUGUCAACAAUGUGGUGGGAAUUUACAACACCCAUCUUCUCGCCAUGUACACUCGAGUCGACUCUCGGUUGCGUCCUCUCGGCGUGUUUGUGAAGCACUGGGCGCAAAAGAUGGACGUCCAUGAUGGUAGCCGUGGCCGGCUUUCUACAUAUCCCCUACUCUUGAUGCUCAUCCAAUUCUUGCAGUGUGGAUGCUCGCCUCCUGUUCUACCAAAUCUGCAAGCUCGCUUCCCUAAGAUCUUCGACUACGAGCGUCCAGUUAAGGAAUUAGACAUGCGUUUACAACUACCCUGGGACGAGAUGUGCAGUGCCAACACGUCCACGUUAAGUGAGCUCUUCGCCGGCUUCAUAGCUUACUAUGCAACCUUCGAUUUUGCUCGGUGGGCCAUCUCAAUUCGCUGUGGCCAGCCCUUGCCCAUCGAUGUGGCAAUCCGGUGUCUUCCACCCCACGAACAAGCACACACUGCGGCCUCCUUCAAGAUCUUUGUUGAAGAGCCCUUCUGUAAAGCGAACGCUGCACGCUCCCUCUAUGAUGAGACAGUUUUGGGACAAAUUCAAUGCGCAUUCAGUUGUACAGAUGGAGUUCUGCGAGCGCAGAAACCCCUGGAGUCUCUUUGGAAGCAGUCUUCUCCGUCAUCCACCACUUCGUCAACAUAG